AUGUUCACCUCUUUGGUUGAAGGUAGCUUGCUGGCACAUUCUGUCAUUUCAAAAUUAAGCCAAACGCAUCCGUGCUCGUCAAUUGCUUUUCCUAAUGUCCCUGGAGCAAAGGUGCUGUCCGUUGUUGGAGUUGAAAGACACAAUCUUUCUAUUCCUGUCAACCCGUGGUUCCGCUCUUCGUCGCCAGUAUCCAAUCUCGAUAUAUGUGAUGUAAAUGUUACUUUGACGCAUGCAUCCGAAGGGGAUACCGUGUUGGUGAAGUUAUACCUUCCACUCAACAUCACCAAUUGGAAUGGCCGAUUCCAAGCCAUUGGAGGUGGUGGAUAUGCUGUUGGAAACUCUGGAGGUACUUUUGGCGACAGUCUUGCCACCCCGGCCGGCGAAGGUUUCUCAACAGGAUGGUCUGAUGGCGGCCAUACCAACAAUCCCAUAGACCCAUCUAGUUGGGCACUCACAUCCGAUGGCCAGGUCAACAACGCAUUGGUGGCCAACCUUGCAACUCGCUCAGUACAUGAUCUAGCGGUGGUUGGGAAGGCAGUCAGCGCCAGCUACUAUGGCCAAAAGCCUGCCUAUUCGUACUACAAUGGCUGCUCUACCGGAGGCAGACAAGGAUACAUGGAAGCCCAGAAGUAUCCUCACGAUUUUGAUGGUAUUCUCGCCAUGUCGCCUAUUAUCUACUGGCCGACGGUUGUGCCGGCUGAGUACUGGGCUCAGCUUGUCAUGCAGGAAGCAGGUGUGUUUCCAACUCAACAGGAGUUUAUGGCUUUCUACAGUGCGGCCAUUUCAGCGUGUGAUGAGCUGGACGGGGUUAAGGACGGUAUCAUCAGCUCUUUGAACUGUCCUUUUGACCCUGCUACUUUGCUUGGAACGACAGUCGAUGUGGAUGGCAGCUCUGUGAACAUCACCCAGACUGUUGUGGACAUUGUCAAAAAGACCUUGGAUGGGCCUCGCAAUCGUGAGGGCAAAUCUCUCUGGUACGGGAUUCUUCCAGGAACCCCCUUUGCUGGUGUCGCAAAUACAAAAACCACGAAUGGUUCUACAACUGGGGUCCCCUUCCCCAUCAGCUCGAGUUGGUUCCAAUACUUUCUCCAAAAGAACCCAGAGUACGAUACUACAACCAUGACAUACGACGAGUACUUGGAUUUCUUUACACAAUCGGAAAACGAGUACACCAAGUUCUUCGGCGCAGAAGAUCCAGACUUGUCCUCGUUCAAGGCAGCUGGCGGAAAGCUGAUUACCUGGCACGGACUAUCGGAUCCUGCUAUCAUGCCCCAGGCUACCAUCAACUAUCGCAAGCAAGUGGAAAAUACCAUGGGUGGUUCGUCCGCUGUUAAUGAAUUCUACCGUCUGUUCAUGGCGCCCGGUGGUGUGCAUUGUGCCCCUGGCGUUGGACCGACACCUAAAACCCAGACUGCAAUCGAAGCUCUGGUGUCUUGGGUUGAAGACGGCCAUGCUCCAGACACAUUACGAGCGUCAACCAAUGAAAAUAUUGGCAAUGUCAUUACGCGGGAUUUAUGUCCUUAUCCGCUUGUUGCUCGCUAUAAUGGUACUGGGGAUUUCCACUCUCCCGAAAAUUUCCAUUGCGCCAAAACAUUCAGCUCCGAGCCUUGA